AUGACCGCGUUCGAGUCCUACUUGGUUAUUGGCGGAAGUGGAUUUUUGGGCCGGCAUAUAGUCGAGGCGCUCGUUGCUCGCGGCGAAAAAGAUGUUGCGGUCCUGGAUAUCGUGCAGAGAUACGACGAUGUCCGCUUUUUCUCGGCGGACAUUACGAAUGAAGCAGACGUAGCCGAUGUGAUUCGCAAAGCCAAUAUUACAUGUAUUAUCCACACUGCGUCCCCAGUGCACGGCCUCGGCAAAGAAAUUUACUGGAAAGUCAACGUUGAUGGAACCAAGGCCGUAAUUGCUGCUGCUCAAGCGCACGGUGUCAAAAAACUCGUUUACACGAGCAGCGCAGGUGUUGUCUAUAAUGGAGAGGACCUUAUUGAUGCCGAAGCUGAAAAACUUGUAUUGGCGGCCAAUGGUGUAAAUGACCUUCUCACCGUAGCCAUUCGACCUGCUGGGAUUUUCGGUCCUGGUGAUCGGCAAGUCAUGAAAGGAUUGAUGGACGUGGUCGCCAAUGGCCAAACCCGGUUCCAGAUUGGCUCAAACAAUAAUCUUUUCGACUGGACGUAUGUGACCAACGUCGCGCAUGCACACCUCCUUGCAGCGGACAAACUUGGCCAAACACUCCCUCCAAAGGAUGAGCUCUUGAACUCACCUUUACCCCCAGUGUCCCUGACCACAGAUCCCAUCCCCCACCGUAUCCCUACCUCUGCUGCACGCCCUCUCGGGCCUACUUUGCACCCGACAGAGACAGACAAGGAGGCUGCAGCCGCAUUCGAGACUACCGGACUUCCGCCCGAUGUACCCGUGCUACGCACCAAGUUCGAUCCCCUCUCCGAGGCUGCACUAAGCAAGGAAGAUACCUCUCCUCUUUCUGUCGCAGGCCAGGCAUUUUUCAUUACGAAUGGCGAGCCCGUGUAUUUUUGGGACUUUACUCGUGCAGUUUGGCGUGCCGCAGGCCAUGUGCCUAACAGCCGGUUCGUCUUUCCAAAAGAUAUCGGCCUCAUGGAGGCUGGUUUCACUCGUUUCCGUGUGACAUUUGCUUGUGCUUCUCGAUGGUAUAACAUUGAGAAGGCACGAAGAGUUCUCGGAUACGAACCACAAGUUGGGUUGGAAGAAGGUGUACAGCUCAUGGUUGAUUGGUGGAAGAAGCAGCAAGCUGCGAAAACGACUUGA